AUGCUCGAAACCCAUCCAGAACUUGCUAGGCCAUUUCAAGGUGCCAACGCCGUCCAACAGUUUCAAGAGGCCUGUGAGAUUGAAAUCAAUGUCGAGAUGUCUAUCAUGCUCACCCACGACGACAUUGCUCCACCUAACAUUAUAUUAUCGUCAGGGCCAAAUCCAAAAGUAGCAGCGGUCAUCGACUGGGCUCAGGCCGGGUGGUAUCCUGCAUACUGGGAAUAUUGCAAGGCGCGACGAAUAAGGGCUGAUCCAACGGAUUCCAACUUAUUUCGAUAA